UAAGAGUCAAAGCUGUGGAUUUAGCUCAUCUUACCUAAAGCUACCUAGCCAGCUACCUUGGCAUCAUAAGCCCAAGUUCAAGCUGCCUCAGCAAAGAUUAAGUGUGAAGAGGAUAAGGCUCGUGGACUGCUUCUUCACACACUUUUUACUACAGCAGUGUCCACGAAGUGGAAGAGGCUCAUCCAUACAUAGCACCUGGUGAAGCACUGGAGGCGGAAAGAAGCGGCUAUGAAGAGACACAACUGAAAAACCUUGGCACAGCAACUGCCUCAAUUCUGUCUCUCUCUUCAUGGCUUCCCAAGAGUAUGAGGUUGAAGCUAUUAUUGACAAAAGAAAACAUAGAAACGGGACAACAGAGUAUUUGGUUCGGUGGAAAGGGUAUGACAAACAGGAUGACACUUGGGAACCAGAGCAAAACCUCACAAACUGUGGAAAAUGUAUUUGUGACUUUAACAGACGACAGACGCAAAAGCAGAAAAAAUCGACAUGGAUCAGAACAAGGACGACUUCUUCAAACAACGUCAGGAAACGAACUUCCAGAACUUCCACAUCUAGCUUCCCUAAGAAAAUUCCUAAAAGGCCAUCGACUGGCAACCACAACAAAUCCAAAAACAACCAGUUGUUUGCUGCCAGACAGAACAUUAGAAUAAACACGGCGGCACUUCUCACUGACCCAAAACAUUUGCGGCACAUAAAUUCAACUAUCACGACACUUGUACCUCAGAGCCCAGUUAACCGCCAGAACACAGUUAGUGCUGAUUUGAAACCUGAGAAACUAGAUCCUCUUGCACCAGUUCAGGAGGACAAGGUGGUGUUUACGGCGGCAGCAGAGAAACCCAUCAGAAUUACAUCAGAUCCUGACACAGAACAGGAUGGAAUAGAAAACAGGACCCACACACCACUACCAGUGUCUCAAAUGUCUGACUCACUUACUGCUUCCAUGGCCACAGAGUCAGAGAACAAAGAAGGUAUAGUGGUAUUGAUGGACCCUUCAACAGCCAAUGGAAAAACAAACAGGUAUUCAUCUGUUUCAAGAGUGAAAGCUGGAAAAAGAGAAAUUACUGAUGAUAGAAAAGACCAGCCUUUUAUCAAGAGGAUGCAUUUCACCAUAAGAUUAAAAGAAAGUGCCAACAGAUACAGAGACAUUGUAGUCAAGAAAGACGAGGGAUUCACCCACAUAUUGCUAUCCACUAUAUCAACAGAGAAAAAUAAACUAAACACAGAAGUUAUUAAAGAAAUCAUAAAUGCUCUGGAAAGGGCUGCUGUGGAUGACAGCAAGCUUGUGUUGUUCAGUGCCACUGGCAGUGUCUUUUGCUCUGGUCUUGAUUUUGGGUACAUUGUGAAGAAUUUAAGGAAUGACAGAAACAGAAUGAGCAGUGAAAUGGUGGACACCAUUAAGAGCUUUGUGAAUGUUUUCAUUUAUUUUAAAAAAUUUAUUGUCGUAUUUGUCAACGGCCCAGCCAUUGGGCUAGGUGCAUCCAUACUACCUCUUUGUGACUUGGUUUGGGCUAAUGAAAAGGCUUGGAUUCAAACCCCAUAUAUGACCUUUGGACAGAGUCCAUAUGGCUGUGCUACUGUUACAUUUCCAAGAAUCAUGGGUAAAGCAUCGGCCAAUGAAAUGUUGAUUGGUGGGCGAAAGCUGACAGCAUGGGAGGCAUCUGCCAAAGGCCUCGUCUCUCAGGUGUUCUUGAAAUCAACUUUCAUCCAAGAGGUGAUGAUUCAAAUUAAGAGGCUCGCCUCCUGUAAUCCUGUUAUACUGGAAAAGUGUAAGGCCCUUGUGUGCUGUAAUAUGAAGAUGGAGUUGGAACAGGCCAAUGAGAGAGAGUGUGAAAUGCUGAAAAAAAUCUGGAGCACAGCAGAAGGGAUAGAAUCCAUGUUAAAGUAUGUUCAAACAAAAAUUGAUGAGUUUUAAUAACCAGUCUGACUGCUUAGGACACAAGAACGAAAAUUAACGAAUAUAUAAUUACCUGAAGAUGCCCUAAUUCAUCUUAAUAGCCUAACGUAAUUUCAAUUAGAUUUAAGGCUUGGAGGAAGAAUUGAAAAAAUCUGAGCCCCUUAUUUAAUAUUAUGAAGAAAUUGUUAUAGAUUUAGAAUAAACAAUAAAACAACUUCUUUG